CUUUGCCUAGAAAUGGAAGACUAUGAAGAGGAGAAAUCGGCUCCUCAAUCUCAGAAUUAUGAAGAGAAUAAGGAAGGAUCUAAUGAGAGUGAAGCUAAUAAUCUCCAAGAUGAAUAUGAUGAUGCUGAAGGAGAUUAUGAGCAUGGUGAAGGAGUAAAUGCUCUCAAUCUUGAAUAUGUCCGUGGCUAUAAUAAAGAUAUUAAGGAUGGAGUUCACAAUCUCACUAAUGGGGAGAGAAAAGCAAUAUUCUACUCCGCCGCACAUACUGGAGUUAUUUACGAUUAUGAGGAAGGUGAGCAAAAGCUACUCCAGGGUCAUUGUAAUCAGAUUACAUGCACUGCUUGUUCAGCUGAUAAGACACUCAUUGUGACUGCAGAUAGUGGAAUUGACAGUAUGCUUGUUAUCUGGAACUCUUAUGAUGGUAUUCCAAUCAGAACUUAUUUUAACCCAUAUGAGAAUGGUAUCUGCAAUUUAGAUAUCUCUCAAGACGGAAGGUACUUAGCAACUAUUUCAGACGAUGAAUUCCAGUCUGUUUCUAUUUGGGAUCUUCAGAAUGAGGAGUUAGAUGAGCCACUUAUUACCACACUCUGUACAUAUGCCAGGGAUGAUAGACAACAUUUGAUCAAAUUUAAUCCUUCAGAUAUUUAUGAGUUAGUUUGUCACGGAAAGAAUCAUCUUGCUUUCUUGUCCUGGAGUGAAGAUUCAGAAGAAAUGGAAUAUUACUUAUCCCCUAUUCAGUCAAGCUCUUAUUCUAAGAAAGAGAAGCAAAAGGCGAGCUUCACUAGCACGGUUUUCGUUCCAGAUUCCACAAAAGCUGUUACUUCUACAGAUAAGGGAGAUCUUCUAGUAUGGGAUAUCUCACUUAUUGUCGAUGGAAUGUCCCAUACUAAUGAGAAGAGGCUAACGAAAGUCCUUGAGCUGCAUCAAGAUGAAACUGCUAUCAACACCCUCACUAUCCAUGGUGAUUAUAUCAUCACUGGGAAUGAAGAUGGAAGUGUGAGAUUCUACGAUUUCGAUCUUAAGAUUUGUGGAUGGUUCGAGAAUCUUGAUUUAGGGCGCAUCAAAUCUAUCUCUUUUGCAGAUGAAGAGCCUCCGUCCGCAAGGCAUGACGAAGAUGAAGAAGAGAAUGAACUCAAAUGUGCUGACUUCAUCGUUGCUGAUAGCAAUGCAGUCAUCUGCAAGCUAGAGAGUAGGCUUUUUGAGGAACUUGAACCUGAUCAGAAAAAGGGAGAGGUUAUAUUCACUGGCCUCAAAUCUGCUAUAAACUGUAUAGCAGUUCACCCUCAUGAAUCAAUUCUAGCUAUUGGUGGCAAAUCUGGCUUCUUGAUAAAUUGGAAUUAUUUGACUAAGGAGGAAGAAUACAAGCAAUUAAAAGAAGAACCAUGUGCUAUUGAGUACUCUCCAGAUGGUAAAUAUCUCAUGGGAGGAACAGCUGAUGGUUUGAUCCGUAUCUAUGAUCCUUACAACAACAUGGCUGAGAUGCAAGCUCCUUGAAAGACUUCGGAAAGAAGUAAUCAUGCUAUUAAACAGCUAAUUGUUUCGAAUGAUUCUGAACAUUUUGCUACAAUGGAUGUAAACACCUGUGUAUGCUUAUUCAAGAGAGAUCAUAAGUAUGGUGAUCCAAACGAACCAAUCGAAUGGGUCUUCUACGGAAAGGUCAAAUGCCAUGAAAUAGAAAUCACUUCUAUCGCAUUCGGAGAGUCUCUAGACUCUAACGAUGAGAUUCAGCUUAGACUUUUCUCUAUUGGAAAAGAUAGAGUUCUAUUUGAGUAUGAUGUGAGUAAAAGUUCUGAGAAAAAUGGGCUGGUCAUUGAUAAUAGUAAAACAAUGAUGAUUGAGCAAGAGAAUGUCCCAACUGCUUGCAUUUGGUAUCCUACUAUUGACUCUAAAGAAGACCUUCUUCUCACGGUAAAUGAUGUGUAUAAAAUGAAAAUCUGGAACGUAAAAAGCUCUCAGUGCAGGAAGACCUGACUUGGCCCUACCUAUGGAGGAGACAUUAGUAGACUCAAGAAGCUUGAAAUUGAUGGAAAUCCAGACAAAUUUUUGGCAUAUUCCACAUUUGAGAAAGUGAUAGGGUUGAUAAAAUUACCUUUGGAUGGAAAUCCAACUAAGACAAUGGGACUGAUAGCCCAUCCAAAUCAGGUAAAAGAUAUGUGUGUCUCCUCAGAUGGUAAAUACUUAUUUACAUGUGGAGGAGUUGAUCUCUGAGUUAACAAAUGGUCUAUCGAUGUGACUCCCAUUGAUAAUGCAAUAAUGAUGGGAGGGGAAGGAAUUGAGCCAUUCAUUAACCUUAUCGAAGGAGGUAGAGAUGGCCAAACCUUCCAAGAUAUGAAAGACUUCUUCUAUUAUUCCAUGGUUAAAAGCAAAACUGAGGGAGAGGAUACUACCAAAACAAGAAAGCUUGAUGGAAAGGUUUCUAUCAACCAACUGGGAAACCUCAUGAGGGCUAUGGGUCAUUAUCCAACUCUGAAAGAGAUUGAAAAUAUGGUCAACGAAGUUGAGUUUGCGCAUUUCUCAGAAAAUUGCGAAAAAGUAGAUAGGUUUGGUCUUGAUACAUUUGUCAAACUAUUUGUGAACCAUAGGCCAGUUUUUGGAAUUGGUCGACCCCAUAUUGAGAAAGCAUUUAACACCCUCUUUGUUGAUAACAAAGAUAAAAAGCCUCUAGCUAAAGUUCCCAGAGAAUCUUUCCUACAAGAGCUUGCAUCUGAAGGAGAGCCUCUGAUGAAUCAAGAGUUGGGAAAUCUUCUAGAUAAAUUGGUCGGAAAAUCUAAUAUCAAAGAAGCCUUAGGAGAAGAAAUAUGGCCAGAGACUUUCGCUAAGGAUAUCCUUAGCUUUGAAGAAGUUGAAGAAGAUGAGGAUGACCAAGAAGAAAACUAUGAUCCUGCAAUGGAAGGUGUUACUCCUGAUGGAACAUUUGAUCAUAAUGUGAUCCCAGAAGAAAACUUUGACUAAAAGCUACAUAUAUUUGACCUAAAUAUUCAUCUA